AUGAAGAUAAUACUCAUAGUGUUCAUUUUAUCUUUUGCGAAUGGAAAAAUAUAUAUUCAUAAUACAGUAGAUGGUCCUUCAGUCGAAGUCUACGAUUGUAUUCUUCAUGGUGAUAUAUUUUAUUGUCGUCGUCCGACAGAACCGAUAAUUUUAAAUAGAGAUAAUAUUACAGAACAAUGUUAUCAUAAUGGAAUUCGUCAUUCGUUUGCUGAUCUUCUCAGAGAUAAUAUUAGUAUCAGUACUAUUUUACAUCAAUGGAAAUCAAGUAUUGAAAAAGUCGAACAAUAUUCACGUUACGAGAGAAAUUCAAAUGGACUUAAUGAUUCUCUAUGUGAAUGCGUAACUCCUCAAUCAUUCGGAAAAAAUUGUGAAUAUCUGUUACCAGCAGGAACAACAUUUGAAGAGACAUUUAUGUGGGAAAAUUCUCAGAAAAUAAACAAUCCGUGGUUGGUACAACUGCAUGGCGAUAUUAUUUGUUAUAAGACAUUGGAAUGUAAUUUUGGUCUUUUAUGUUUGGAUUGGCGUGAUAUAUGUGAUGAUCUUCAACAGUGUAUGUCAGGAAUAGAUGAAGAAAAUUGUGAUAAACUUGAAUUUAAUGAAUGUGAAAAUGAUGAAUAUCGUUGUAUGAAUGGCAUGUGUAUUCCUGAAGAUUAUUUUCUUGAUGGAAGCUUAGAUUGUUUAGAUUGGAGUGAUGAAAUUCAUUAUUAUGAUGAUCUCAACUGCCCGAGGGAACCAGUUAGUAUUCAAUGUGACGAUCGAAUCUGUCCACCAUAUCAGUAUUCAUGUGGUGAUGGACAAUGUAUUGCCGAUCGGUUUGGAUUUCAAAUUAUGUCACAAGUAAAUUUACAAUGUCGAAACCGACGCGAUCAAUAUUUUAUUUGUGAAACACAUUACAGAGACGUCAUGUGGACAUUACCCAAUGGACGAUGUUAUGACAAAUAUAAAUACAGUGAAUCAGAAAUGGCCAAUCUUACUGUUGCUGAAGAAUGCCAAUAUAUUCUUCGGUGUGAUUUAUCAGAAGCAGCCGAAGCACAUUGUCCUUGUAGAAAUAAUUCUGACUGCCAUAAACAAUUGAACUCUACUUGUCGUUCGAAUUAUAUUCAAUAUCCAACAGCAGGCAUUAUGGCACCAUAUGUCUUAUUUUUAUAUCAUGCUGUGCAUCAAUUAAGGUCAAAUUUUACUUUGAUUAAUGGAACAAUCAAAUGUAAUGGAGCAUUGAUUCAUAUUUCUAUUGAUAAAUUUCCAUUUAUCUCUCAACUUCACGAACUUGAAAAUACUUUAUGUCAAACGAUAAACAAUACGUCUGUACUCAAUAAUCACAACCAACAUGCAUCAACCUUUAGCAAUCGUUCAUAUAGGUCAAGUACAAUUUGUAAUAAAUCGAAAACACAUAUUUCUAUCUAUCGAAUUAAAGAUGGUUUUGCCAAUUGUGCAGAUCAAAUGGAUGAAACCGUUAAUCUUUCUAUUUCUACAAUAUGUUCAAAUAUGGAACGCUAUCGUUUUCACUGUUCCACUAAUGAACCAACUUGUUUAAGUGCUUUCGCAUUCGGAAACUAUGAAAAUAAUUGUCAGAACAAAUUUGAUGAACUUUGGUUUGGCACGAAUGCCAAAUUAGUUGAUAUUAAUUGUAAUAAACAACGUACGGAUCAAUGCGAUCUUCUUCGUCGAUACAUUAAAAAUUCUUGGGUAUCGAAUAGUAAGGGUGAAUUAAGCAGAAAACUUGAAAUACCAUUUCGUAGUUAUUGUGAUACAUUCUGGAAUUUAGCCGCGAAAGAAGAUGAAAAUAUAACAGAUUGUACGGAUUCGUGGAUUUGUCCAGAAGAACAAUGGCAAUGUGAUACUGGUCAAUGUAUUGAUAUAAGCUGGAUAUUAGAUGGAGAAUGGGACUGUGCUGAUGCAUCUGAUGAAUAUAAACUUUUCGAUCGAGUAAUUUCAGGACGCAACUUAAACUUGAUUGAAUCUGUUGAAUUGAUAAACAGAUCUACGAAAAUAGAACAUCAACGGUUAGCAUUCUCUACAAUUUGUAAUUUAACAAUAGAAUUUCCAUGUUUAAAUGUUAAUUUUUCUGGUUCAUUCCAUAAUUUAACACAUAUACAACUUUGUAAUAGUCAAGAUCGAAUUGGAGAUGGAAACAUCGACUGUUAUGGUGCAAUCGAUGAACGCAAUGUCAUAGAACAUUUGAGUGAACAAACAAUGCUUGGAUAUAAUUUUCAAUGUGAAUCAUAUAAACAGUACAUUCCAUAUCGGGAUCAUUGUCUUCAAACCCGAUGUAAUACAAGUUUUGAUGAUCAAUUCUGGUGUGAUCCUCGAGCAAAUGUGUUGAAUUGUGAUAGUUUUUCAGAUGCCGUAUGUUUCAAUGGUACUUGUGUAAGACGUGGUCGCUGUAAUAACGUUUUAGAUUGUCAUUUUGGUGAAGACGAAUAUAUGUGUGAGCAUCGUAGUACUACAAAUACGACCGAUACGUAUUAUCGCGCAUCUAAGGAGCUAACUACCAAGAACAUCAAACAUAAACUUCAAUUAAAUCACUUUCCGACUAACUCAAAUAUCACGACAAUAACUAAAAAUCAGAGUGAUGCUACACAAACAACAACAUCAACAGUAAUACUAUCGUCAAAUUUUACAUCAGAAUCAACUGCCUACUGGUGUAAUCGUGGUGUCGGUGUACAAAUGUGGAAUGGUUCAAUUAUUUGCUUUUGUCCACCACAAUAUUAUGGUGAUAAAUGUCAGUUUCAUAAUGAUCGAAUCAUUGUAACUAUCCAUCUUAAUCUUACUCAAUCGAGUUAUACAAUCCAUAGUAACAUAGCAAUCGUACUUAAAUUGGUAGUUUUAUUUCUAUUCGAGAACCAAGUCAUCACCAAUCAUAUUUUUCACGUACGGCCAGCAGUUGAAACGGUGACUUACAAAAAGAAAAGGAUUCAUUUUCCUUAUUCUCGUUCAUUUUCUUCUCUUGAUCGUAAAAAAACUCGAUACUUUAAUCAAUCAAAUAUUAUUAAUGAACAUCCCUAUUCAGUUCGUAUUGAAAUGUACAAAGGAGAAAAUUUUAAAGAACCUUUACUUACUGCAGUAUGGCAAUAUCCCAUUUAUUUUGAUUAUUUACCUGUAUUUUGUUUAGCUAAAGUUCUUCAUUUAAAUGAACAAAACAAAAACAGAAAUCCAUGUUUAAGUCAUCCAUGUAAUCAAAAUCAAUAUUGUCAACAACUUAUGAAUGAUGAAAACAAUUAUAUUUGUCUCUGCAAAAGUAAUUUUACAGGAGAAAAUUGUUCGAUUAAAGAUCAACAAUGUACCGAUGGUUAUUGUGGAUCUGGAUCUUUAUGCAAACCGAAUUAUCGUGGUUUAUUGAUGGGUAACGAACUGCCUUAUUGUAUUUGUUCAUUUAAUCGAUAUGGUGAACGAUGUGAUAUUAUACAUGAUAAAUGUUUACCCAAUCCUUGUGAACAUAAUGGUUCAUGUUUUUCAACCUCGCUACCAAACACUGUUUCAUGUGUAUGUACUGAAGAAUAUCAUGGUAAACAUUGCGAAUUGAAAAAAUCUGAAGUAAAAUUAUACAUUAAUGAAAGCAUUGAUCAUAUAGCAAGUGUUAUACAAUAUUUUGAUAUUGAUUUUACUUCGUUAGAUCUUAAUCUUGUUUAUCAACAAGUUAAUCGAACUCUUCCCACGUUAAUAGAAUAUCGGCAUGAUCAUACUACAGCACCGGAAAUUAUUUUAGUCAAACUUUUUACUUCUAAUAUUGUUACUUCUAAUAUUGAAGAUUCUAUUCAACUCUAUUUGAUCUCUCUUCAUAUUGAUGUUACAUCAAUUUAUGCAACAACUCAAAUUAAUCAAAAAAAUCGAUGCUAUCAUAUUCAUUCAUUAAUAUCAAAUAAUAUGACACAAAUUAUUUCAAAUCCUUCUCCUAUUAAAUAUCAUACUUUUUGUCAAAAUAUUUCAAAUCUCUUUUGUUUUCGAGAUAAUUCAUAUUUAUGUAUCUGUAGUGAUAAUCAAUCUCGAGUAGAAUGCUUUCGUUACAAUUAUUAUCUCGACAAAUGUUCUUAUUGUAUCAAUGGUGGUAUUUGUGUAAAAGGUAAUCGAUUACAUUUACAAGAUUACAUUUGUUUAUGUCCGCCAUGUCAUUCAGGAAUUAAAUGUCAAUUUAAUUCUAAUUCAUUUGGUUUUACACUUGAUCAACUCUUUUAUACUGAUCUUGUUUCAAAAAAUUAUAAAAUAAUAUUUCGAUUAUUAAUUAUCGUACCUCUUCUUUUAUUUUUAUUAGCUCUACCAAAUAAUUGCUUUUCUAUUAUGACUUUUCGUCGACAAAAUUGUCUUAAUAAUAGUAUUGGUCAAUAUUUACUUGUUUUGAAUAUUAUUAAUCAAUUUAAUCUGGGAAUUUUAGCUGCACGUUUAAUUCAUUUAGCAAUUAAUAUCACUGAUAUGAAUUCUUAUCCUUUAGUCAAUAAUUAUCUUUGUAAAAUAUUGAAUUAUCUUCUUACUUCAUCUAAUCGAAUGGUAUAUUGGCUUUCAUCAUUAAUAGCAAUUGAACGUGUUUAUAUGACUAUUUUUCUUAAUGGACGUUGGUUAGGAAAACCACAUAUUGCACGUCGUUUAAUUAUUCUAACUUUUAUUGGUAUUUUAAUCAGUGAUAUACAUGAACUUGUAUUUAUUGUAUCAUUAUAUGGCAUCAACAAAGAUUAUGGUGGUAUGUGUGUAAUUGACUUUCCGAGCAAUCAUCGAUCUAUAUGGUUAAAAUUUCAUCUUAUUAUUUCAAUUAUAAAUUCAAUUUUACCAUUGUUAAUUAAUAUUGGUUGCAUGAUUACGAUUAGUUAUGUAGUAACACAAAAGAAAAUGAAGACACGCCAGAUGAUCAUCUAUUCAAAAACGAUACUCAAACAAAACGAGCCAUUAAAAAAAGAAUCGAUUGUCGUUAAAUUUCGAACACGUUUUCAUCUAAUGUUAAAUGUAUUGAGUGAUAAUAAAGAAUUAAUAAUAGGACCAGGUAUUACUCUUGUUCCACAAUUAUUUUCGUUACCACUUUUUAUUAUAUCAUUUACAUUGUAUUGUCAAAAUUUGGAAAGUACUUGGAUGCGAUAUCUUUUGAUUGCGUCAUAUUUUACUUCAUUUAUUCCUCAACUAACUAGUUUUAUGCUUUACAUUUAUCCUUCAUCAUCCUAUUCAAAAGAAUGGCAUGCUACGAAAAUUAGUCAAUGGAUAUCUAGUUUUUUUCAACAAACUCGGCCAAUUCCAGCCAUAACAAUCGGACCAGCUACUAUGGAUUAG